UGCUCAGAGACAAACUUGUAUACAUGAGGCACCAGUUUUCUCGAAUCUGCCGAUUUCAAAAUUUUUGUUGUAAUAUGAUUGGGGGCCCGACGAAAAAUCCGCUCAUAGAAGUGAGGUAAUUUUAAUUCAUCUUUAUUUUUUAAUGCAGCAAACCUCAGCAACAAUGUUCCAGUGAAUGUCGAGCUGAAGUAUUUCACCUUUCCCAGGUAGUUACAUAAGAGGUCAUGACAUAGUCUUUCUACUCAACUCUUUUAAUAGGCGAAACGGACGAAGGCCCGCGGCUGCAGUUGCGACUAGCCAGGCGCUUGGGCGACCACAUGGUGGGCACAUACGUGCCGAGCGCCCUGUUGGUGGUGUGCUCGUGGCCCGCCUUCUGGCUCGCGACCACCGAGCGCCUCUCGCUGUGCGGCACUCUGCUGCUGGCGCUGACUCGGCAGAGCGCUACGGCACAGCGCGCGUUGCCGCCUUCCGUCGCCCUCACGACCGUGGACUGGUGGAUGAGCGGCUGCAUCGGCCUCGUGCUGGCCGUCAUCGUGGAGACCACCGCCGCCUACUUCGAGGACGUGAUCCUGCCUGCUGCCUGGCGUGUUCAUCGGGUGAUGCCUCGAGAAGCUGCAACCAAGGAUCGCCCUGAUUACGCCAAACACCUGCUGCUCCACUUGGUUUCAGUAGCGCGGCCCCCAGGACGCAUGGACGCCGUCGCUUGCCUGCUUUUUCCUGGAGCCUUCCUGCUUUUCAACGCAUGCUACUGGGCUAGCAUGUACGGCGGCUGAUGGCUGUCUCCGAUUAUUCGUCACCUAUUGGGCACAGAGCCAGAUGCAGACAAUA